AUGACCAAAUCCAAUCUCCUCAUCGCUCUAAUUUACGAAGACCCAGCCACCUAUUUAAAUCUCGGAUACAAACCAUCUCAGAUUGCCCACCUGGAAAUUGGCGCUGCAGCCGAGGAUAUCGCGACUGUUAUUGUCAGGCUGGGACACCGAGUUGUUCCAAUCCCAGAUAUCCAAACCCUCGCGAACAAACUCGGCUCCGGAGAAGCGGCACAAUGGGAUCUGGCGGUGAAUAUCACUGAGGGCGUGCAUGGAGCUGCAAGGGAAGCACAUGUACCCGCUAUGCUGGAGGCUUUCAGUAUACCGCAUACAUUUUCUGAUACGGCGACUAUGGCAAUAUGUUUGGAUAAGGGAAAGACAAAGAUGGUGCUUGAACAUUAUGGCAUUCCGACCCCAGCAUUCGCGAUCGUGAAUCUAGAGAAGCAUGGCAAUAAAGCCUUGACGCCCGACGUCAUCCGCGCCCUCACCAAAACCUCCAAAUAUGCACCAAGACUGCUGGACCCUAUGUCCUAUCCACUUUUCGCAAAACCACUAGCAGAGGGAUCAUCCAAGGGAAUUAAGCAAACGAACGUCAUUCAAAACAUCGACGAGCUCUGCCAAGCAGUCGAGGAACUACGUUCUAGCGCGACCUCGGCACCGGCGAUCCUAGUGGAGAAAUUCCUUGCAGGGCGAGAAUUCACAGUGGGGAUCCUAGGCACAGGCGAUGACGCAUGGGUCCUUGGAGUUAGUGAGAUGGUGUGGGAGGGAGAUAAGGCUGGCGUUGACGUCGAUGUGCACUUUCAGUUCACUGAAAACCCCAAAGCUAGCGAGGACUGGGAUGCGCUGGCGGAUGAAAUGCCAGCCAAUCGGGAAGAUCCGCUCGUCGAACGGGCAUGCACGGCUGCUUUGCGGGCGUGGAGAGCGUUGCGCUGUCGCGAUGGUGGGAGGGUGGAUAUCAGAUUUGAUAGUGGUUCAGCCGAUGCGGUGGCUAAUGUUCUGGAAGUCAAUCCGCUGGUAGGGUUGAAACCAGAAUGGUCUCAAUUGCCAAGAAUCGCAAAGCACAGUGGGAUGUCAUACGAAACUCUGCUUGAGCAUAUCUUGCGGAGUGCCUUGAAAAGGGCUCCGGCACGGUGGAGAAUGUGA